GGCCGCUGAGCUCUGGGCUGGGGCGGCGGCGCCUGCGAGAGGGCGGGCCGGGUCAGCUGCAGCAGGCGGGGCCACGCGCGGAGCUGUGGGCGGCUGCCGAGUGUCCUGCCGCCGCCCAGCCUUCGCCACGAUGCCGGGGAUCGACAAGCUGCCCAUUGAAGAGACCCUGGAGGACAGUCCGCAGACAAGGUCUUUACUUGGUGUAUUUGAAGAAGAUGCUACUGCUAUUUCAAAUUAUAUGAACCAAUUGUAUCAAGCUAUGCAUCGGAUUUAUGAUGCACAGAAUGAAUUGAGUGCAGCAACACACCUGACUUCGAAACUUUUGAAAGAAUAUGAAAAACAGCGUUUUCCUUUGGGGGGUGAUGAUGAAGUUAUGAGCUCUACUUUGCAGCAGUUUUCCAAGGUCAUAGAUGAGAUUUGCCUCUUUGGAUAUUUCAUAUAAAUUAAUCUAUGUAAUUUGUGGACUUUGAGCUUAGUUCUUGUCAUGCAGUACUUUCAACUCAACUUGCUGAUGCCAUGAUGUUCCCCAUUUCCCAGUUUAAAGAAAGAGAUCUGAAAGAAAUAUUGACACUAAAGGAGGUAUUUCAAAUUGCUAGUAAUGAUCAUGAUGCCGCAAUUAAUAGGUACAGUCGGUUGUCAAAAAAGAGAGAAAAUGACAAGGUAAAAUAUGAAGUUACAGAGGAUGUAUAUACUUCCAGGAAAAAACAACACCAGACCAUGAUGCAUUAUUUUUGUGCACUAAAUACUCUUCAGUACAAGAAGAAAAUAGCUUUGUUAGAACCUCUACUGGGAUACAUGCAGGCUCAGAUAAGUUUCUUUAAGAUGGGUUCUGAAAAUCUCAAUGGACAACUGGAAGAAUUCUUAGCUAACAUUGGAACAAGUGUACAGAAUGUUCGAAGAGAAAUGGAUGGUGAUGUAGAGACCAUGCAGCAGACAAUAGAAGACUUGGAGGUAGCCAGUGACCCUUUAUAUCUGCCUGACCCGGAUCCCACCAAGUUUCCCAUCAAUCGAAAUUUAACCCGAAAGGCUGGAUACCUAAAUGCUAGGAAUAAAACAGGCUUGGUGUCAUCUACCUGGGAUAGACAGUUUUACUUCACGCAGGGUGGAAACUUAAUGAGUCAAGCCCGUGGAGAUGUGGCAGGAGGCCUAGCCAUGGACAUAGACAACUGUUCAGUGAUGGCUGUGGACUGUGAAGACAGACGAUACUGUUUUCAGAUCACUUCUUUUGAUGGAAAAAAAUCUUCAAUAUUGCAAGCAGAGAGUAAAAAAGACCAUGAAGAGUGGAUCUGUACAAUAAACAACAUAUCUAAACAAAUAUAUUUGAGUGAAAAUCCAGAGGAAACUGCUGCACGAGUGAAUCAGUCUGCUCUAGAAGCUGUCACUCCUUCCCCAUCUUUCCAGCAGAGACACGAGAGCCUGCGUCCAGGAGGACAAUCUCGGCCACCAACAGCUCGAACCAGCAGUUCAGGAUCCUUGGGAUCAGAGUCUACAAAUUUGGCUGCCCUCUCUCUAGAUUCUCUUGUUGCUCCGGAUACACCAAUACAGUUUGAUAUAAUUUCUCCUGUGUGUGAAGAUCAGCCUGGCCAGGCAAAAGCCUUUGGUCAAGGAGGCAGGCGUACAAAUCCAUUUGGAGAAUCUGGAGGAAGCACAAAAUCAGAAACAGAAGACUCUAUUCUUCAUCAGUUAUUUAUUGUCCGAUUCCUUGGUUCUAUGGAGGUAAAGUCAGAUGACCAUCCAGAUGUUGUCUAUGAAACAAUGCGCCAGAUCUUAGCUGCUCGGGCCAUCCACAACAUCUUUCGUAUGACAGAAUCACAUUUAUUAGUCACUUGUGACUGCUUGAAGUUAAUUGAUCCGCAGACCCAAGUUACAAGGCUCACAUUUCCAUUGCCGUGUGUAGUUCUGUAUGCUACGCACCAGGAAAAUAAACGACUUUUUGGAUUUGUUCUCCGGACAUCAGGCGGAAGAAGUGAGAGUAAUUUGUCAUCAGUCUGCUAUAUAUUUGAAUCAAACAAUGAGGGAGAAAAGAUUUGUGAUUCUGUUGGACUGGCAAAACAGAUAGCUUUGCAUGCUGAACUGGAUCGUAGGGCAUCAGAAAAACAAAAAGAAAUAGAGAGAGUAAAAGAGAAACAGCAGAAAGAGCUCAGCAAACAGAAACAGAUUGAGAAGGACUUGGAAGAACAGAGUCGGUUGAUAGCUGCCUCCAGUAGACCAAACCAGGCUGGUAGUGAGGGCCAGCUUGUUCUUAGCAGUAGCCAAUCAGAGGAGAGUGAUUUGGGAGAAGAAGGGAAAAAAAGAGAGUCGGAAGCAUAAACUUGUUGCUGCUUUUUGAGUUCUCAUUUCCCUGGGAUGUGGCACAGCGUAUCCAUGCUGAAGAUCAUGGAAGAGAUAAGCUUUACAGUAGUGUGCUUCAGCUUCAUUUAAAAAGACUGAACUUGAUAACCGGUUAUAGCGAACAUUUCCCCGUAAAAAUAAAAUACUAUGCAUUGUCAUCCAACUCUGCUUUCCUAAACAAGACCUGCUUACUUUUCUGUAGUAGAUUGCUGAGGAAUUACAGGUCUUCAAGAUAUUUUUCCUUUAAAUUGUGAACAUUUUAUCUUGCACUGUAAUUGGCUGUCUCCAUAAGGAAUGAUUUAUUCUUGGAUUCUGACAUUCCUGUGUAUACUCUCCCUUUCAUUAGGAAUGUUUUAUUGGUAGUGAGGGAGGGCUCAAUUGAGUGAGCUUAACAUCCUUUAUGUGGAGAAUUCUAUAAGUGUGCAAGUGUUGUAACAAUAUUGAGUGUGCAAUAGAAUUUGCACAAAAUCACAAGGACGGGGCAGGUGGUGCUGUUGACUUCAGGAUGUUUUGUGGCUUGCUCCAUUUCUCUGAUGUACUAGAUCAUGGCAGUGGGAGACCUCAAGUGUCUGUUGGUGUUUGUGUGGCACUUGGUAUUUUGUUACCAUCUUCUCAGUUCUCAGGUUGGGACUUUACUUAUUGCUGCAGAACAGGAAAGGUUAGAGAGUAAGACUUCAGAAUUUAUUGAGAUUGUUGUUGUUCAAACAUUUUAUAUUAGAAUUGACAUGUAAAGGGAGUGUUGUAGACUGAUACAUUGUAUUUUCUGUAUUGUGAAAUAAUUUUUAAAUGACAAUGAGUGACAUUUCAAAAGAUGUUCUAUAACAAUUAUGUUUAUUGCUUAAAUAAAAAUGUGCAGUUUAGUUUAGAAAACAAUCUUUUGAAUUUCAGACUGAUAACCCCAGUAUUUUCAUAAUCCCACAUUUUGAUAAUGUAUUGAAUUGCCACUUUUUAUCCAUAAAGGCAAAUAACUAAUUUGAGUGUAGAAUAAUUUGCACUAAUAAUUGUAAAUACUUUUACUUUUCAAAUGAGUAAAAGGUCUAAUUCCAUGAAAGACUGAAAAGGAACUGAACACCUCAUAUAGUGCAGGACAGAGUUAGCGUGUACUGAGGGUGAUUCUGUCAAAACUUUCUUUACUAGGACUUUAAACUGUGUUUACAGAUUUUAUUUUCAUUCAUUCUACAUGAAAAGGUGUGUGUGUGUGUGUGUGUAUAUAUACACACACAUAUGUAUACAGGUUAAAUAUAUUGAUUAGUAUUUUACAUAGUCAUACAUUUAGAGAUUUUCAAAAGGUUAACCACUAAUUUCACAAGUAGUUUCUCUUUGUUCUGAAUUAGAAGUUUUAGUUUUCAGCUUAUAGCUCCGUUUCACACUCUGUAAGUACACUGUUUUCUGUAGGAACAAGAUAACGAUAUAUAUAGGAUCAUAUUCUUUUUCUCCAUUUGCCAAAUGAGACUAAUGGUUAUUUACUACUCUUCAAAGUCUUCUGUUACCCAAACAUACAGUUAAUAAUUAUCAAUUUAUGGAGUGCAUUUGGCUAAAAGUCUGUUUUGGGCUUACUAAAGGGAAUGCCUUCAUAGUAAGUAGUGUUUCCUCUGUUAAAACUGUGAACUGCUGUGGUUAGACCGUGAUUAGUGGUGACAAGUCUUGCUUUUAAAACUUUUUUUGAUAUUGGUAAGGCUUCUUGUUUUGUUGUUGUUGUUGCUAUUGAUUUUAUUUUGUUUUUGUUUGUUGAUUUUCGCAGUGAUCAGUUACUAAACUACCACAGAGCCACACCCCCACCCCAGGUUUUCAGUUUCAUGAAUCUUUUCUUGAUGGAAGACGUCAUGCUUGCUUCAGAUGAACUGUGUUUUAUAGUAAGAGUAGUCAUCAGGAGGCACUUUUAUUUGGUUGGUGCUUUGCAUGGUAACAAAAUAGUGAUAUUUGGAUAAAAAUUUAGGCCAGAGGUAAGAAUUUUCUAAUUCUUUUUAAGUCAUGUUUCAUAGGAACUCCCCCAGUUGUGUUCAUGUCCAUGGGUCAGACCAAAAUGUGUUCCAGUGCCUAGGACGCAUUCUGAGUGGAUCAGUCCGUUUCAGUGAUUUAACUUGUAUCACUAUUAAACUGUAUGCAAUUCUGCACAUCAGCUGUAGUCAGCUCUCUGCUUGAAGAAGGCUCCUGUCAGCUUCUUCCUAAAUGUUAGUACAGAUGUCAUUCUGUUAUACUAUCCGCCAAGAUCUCCCACAACUUUUUUAUUUUGGGGGAGGCACAGAAUUGAUUUUCUUGUUCUGAGUUUGGGUUCAUUCCUGUCACGGUCACUGAGCCAAGGCAAGUAGACCUUGCCUCUUCAGUCUUAGUCCUGCGGGCGUCUGCUCAGAUUCUCUUCCAUAUUCAAAAUGCCCUGGAAAAGCUUCACUGUUUUAAUACGUCCUAGAUGUUCAACUGAAGCAGAGCGAAGAAAUGGCCCUCCCAGCCCCAUCCACCUAAAACAAAACCAGCAGCUGCUGCUACAGCCAUUAUGAAAAAAUAACACAAACUCUUCUUAAAAAAUAGAUCACACAGAAAGAACUGAGGGCAGAUGCACCUGGGGGGAGGGGGGGGAGGGCUGCCCCAGCCACGGGGAGAGGCCUGGGUGCUGAGAUGACCCUGCAGGGCUGGGGUGCUAGUAGGUGGCUGCCUCCUUCCUUCUGCCUAGCCUCUGUAGUGUGGGCUGGAUCCCAGGCAUCUUCUGCCCUCUCCCCUGAGGGAUCCUGGCCCCUGCUGAGGACUGGUACCUAUUUCUCAUUAAAGUGGCUUUGAUCAGGAAAUGAGAUGGACACCAAGCAUGAGUGAGGGCCACUGCCUGGCUACAUGUCUCCCAGCUUUUUAGAAAUUAACAAAGUUGCUUUUUAAAAAAUGAAAUUUAGCCUACCUAAUUAUACUCUGCAUUCUGUUACCUAUAGCUAAUCUUGUUUUUUUCCAUUACUUAAUGAUUGAUUGGUGUUCAAUUUCAAAAGUGUUCCAAGCUCCACAGUGUUGGGAUGAGGAUGUUGCCGUUAUUUUUGAGAAAAGGAUCGUAAGAUGUGCAUAACAUUGUAGGUAGCAUGGUUUUGUGCAGUGAACACACAAGUAACUACAGGAGCUGCACUCUUCACAGUUUGAACUGACAGUGCUGGCAGACCCUUAAAGCAGAGUCUUCUGACACACGAAUGAAAGGAAAUAUUUGCUUCUAAUAACAGUCUGAGCAUUUAGAUCAUACUUUUAAGUAUUUAAACACACCAUUGUAUAUGGCAAGCAAACUUUUAAUUUUAUUUUUAGCAAGUUUAUUUCUCUUUGAAAUUGUCAUUCUACAUUAAUAACAUAAAGAUUUUAAACUAGAACCAUACUGAACUUUUUUAAUGAUAAGAUGAAAUGGACUUUAAAGGAAAAAUUAUUUAAAACUUUGUUAAUAAGCCUCAAUAGCAUAAAAUACUAAUGUUAAUCAAAAUACUUCUAAGUAUUUUUAAAGUACUUUAAAAAUCUCCAUCGGGCUAAUUCCUAUGUAUUUCUUUUCCAGGAAUAUUAUUCUUAAUAGCAUAAGCUUAUUAAGACUAAAUGGAAGUUGAAGGAUUAGGCACACCUAGAGCAGUGGCUUCACCGUUUGAUUCUCAUUUCUCUGUGGUUUCCACCUCUUAUCAGGAGCUGCCCUGGAAAGGAUCCGGUCAUGCUGCCUGCCUCUUUUCAUCUGUCAUGAUGGAUUUCAUCCCUUUCACGGGCCUCUCCAUCCUCUCUUUCCACAUGGGUUGUGAGCCCAGCAUUCCUGUCUCUGGCUUCCUGGGCCACUGCUCUAAGUUUCUCUUCAUGCUUCUUUUCUUUUUGAGUCAUCUUACUUUCUACUUGGGCUUGCAUUUCCACUGCUGCUCAAGCCUUCUGAUCAGCAAUGUAUAGUGUUUCAGCCAGUUUGGCAAAUUUUUCACUUAUAUGGACCAUCUGAAGUCCUCUUCCAUCAGCAGCUAGCCAUUUAUCUAAUGGAAUGGUAUACCCCUUAGAGUUCUUCCACUUGGAAAUACAAGGAGGGAUUUUCCACUUCUGCUGUUUCUUUACAGUCAUCUUCUGAAGAGGAGAGUGCAUUACAAGUGCAGGAGGAGAUGAUGGUCCCUGAGGGAUUUUCGUAUUAACUUUGAAUCUUGGAUGCUCCAUUUGGUCUUUUUGCAUUUCUGCUAUCCAGUUAACCCUGUUUCGCUCCAGAAUUGAAUGGUACUCCUUCUGAUGUGGUGUGUCACUGGUGAGCUGAGACAUGAAAGAUGACUCAUUCUUUCUGAGAUAGGGUUUUUCUGUGUAGUCCUGGGAGCUCUGGAACUCUAGACCAGGUUGGCCUAGAUCACAUACCCGCUUGCCUCUGUCUCCCAAGUCAAAGGCAGCAAGGAGAGACUACUGUCCAUACUGAACUUUUAAUGAGUCUCUGGCUAUACUUGUGAGUAACCAGCUUCAGUUACGUGAAUACUGGGGACUAAGUGAUAAUUUAUGUGUAAGACUGCUUUGUAUGUUUUGUGGUUUUGUAAUGUAAGUAAAUUGAUUAACUUUUAUUUCACUGAUAUUAACCAAUUGUGCAGUGUACAAUUAAACAUUCAGUAUCCCUCUUUAGAAUUGGGUUUGUGAUCAUGGUGUGGCUUGUGGAGCAGAGGACUUACUUUCUCAUUUGUCAAAAUAGGUAUUUGCAGACAAGGCUUCGAGAAAUAUGUCGUUGGAUUUUUUAAAUGUAUAAUAAAGUCCAUGAUUUUUAUACAGUA